UGACUAUAACCAAAAAUGUCUUCGUCUACGCGUGCGCAAAUGUGCUUAGUCAUUUUUGUUUGCUUCCUCUGUGGAAAGGUGCAGUUUUCGCAUGCAGCAACUGAAUAUAAUCGUUACUUGGCGCAUAUUUUUCAAAAAUAUGGCACAGGUGGCACAAUUUCAUUCGAGGGUCUCGAACAUUUGAUGUACAAUCUAGGCCUGGGACAAAUCGAAUUUGAACCUGAACAUACGAUUGACCAACAUCGUCCAAAGGGUUUUAAAACAUCGGAGCGGGAUGAUGAUCCAAAGUUGACAGCUUACUUUGAACAGCAAAGUUUGAAAUUAUCAACGGCCGAUGAAGAUAUUGCAAUGUUAAAGGAACGUGAUGCGCUGCAGAAGAAUACAGAUGAAUUAGGCCUUCUAAUUAGAGAGAAGGAAGUUCUGUUGGAAUUCAAGGAGAUGCAUGAUCCAAAGCAUCGGCAUCCGCGGGAAAGUGAUGCCUCCAUGGAUGACACACCCUUAUCGCCGAAUGUUUGCCUAUCCCCAAAGUCAAUGCUACGUCUAGUCGUCGACCAUGAUGACUUACACAAACGUAAGCUAUACAAGACCUACACAUCCGAUGGCGUAGCGAAAACGCACAACUCCGAGGCAGAGUAUAAUGAGUUCAUCAACCAGGUACAGAUAACGCCAGUGGCUUUUAUGAAACUCUGCCCAGCGCUGUUAGCGCAAAUCGACCAGCAUGUGUGUGUGCGACCAGCACCGCUAACAAAUGGCGACAGCCCCAAGCAGGCAUUGUGGAAUGCUUGGAUUUACGCCAGCAUUUCAAUAUUCAUACUCUCCGCAUGCGGGCUGCUGGGCAUCCUGCUGGUGCCGCUGAUGAAAACAAUUGCCUAUCAGGAGAUCUUGAAGUUCCUUGUCGCUGUGGCUGUGGGUACACUGGCCGGUGACGCAUUGAUGCAUUUACUGCCACACGCUCUGGUGCCCGAACAUGGCGCGCAUGAGUCUAGCACAACAGAGUCUGAACACGACACUCAUGAGGCAGUUUGGAUCUGUGCAUGCGCAUUCUUCACUUGCAUUUUUAUGUACAUACUGGAGCAUACCUUACCGCUGCUGCGAGGCGAGAACGCCAAAGGACAUGGACACAGCCAUUCACAUGGCGGACACGCACAUACGCAUAGUCAUGCGCACGCACAUCACAGUGAGCAUGCGUCAGCUGAUAAAACAUCCACAAAUGGAAUCGAUGCCGAUAGCAUGGUGUCACCGGUCAACACCGAUGCCAAGGAAAUCAAUAUAAUGUUGCACGAAACCAAAAAAGAUGAAAAGUCGCCAUCACGUCCGCUCACACCAGUAGCCUUUAUGGUUGUCAUCGGUGACGGGCUGCACAAUCUCACCGACGGUUUAGCGAUCGGUGCCGCCUUUGCCAGCGAUCCAGUGACGGGCAUGGCGACUGCCUUUGCCGUACUCUGUCACGAACUGCCACACGAGCUGGGCGAUUUCGCGCUACUCCUGCAGACGGGAGUGUCGCUGCGACGCGCAGUCUACUUGAACAUUGUCAGCUCUGUUUUGAGUUUUGUGGGCAUGGCUAUUGGGUUGUUCAUAGCUGGCGCGCAUGGAAAUAUGACACAGUGGAUUUAUGCCGCCACAGCGGGUUCGUUUCUCUACAUAGCGCUAGCCGAUCUUGUGCCGGCAAUGAGUGAGGCGGAGACGCAUACGGGAGAUGCUAAAAGUAAACUUAAGGGUACCCUCAUACAGAUUGGUGGCAUGCUGCUGGGUGGUUUUAUAAUGUUGGCCAUUGCUGUGAAUGAAGAGGCGCUGGCAGAGCUUUUUAAGUGAAGAAUAAAAGUACCCCCUGGAGAAAAAUGAGUAUAAAUGGAAGGCAUACAUUCCCGAAAUAGCAUUUAAAAUAUUUUGUAUGAAUUUUUGAAGCACAGUUUUGGUGGACUAAUAUUUAAACUCCCAGCUAGUUCCGAUAUUCUGUAAAGUUUGUCUUAAGUGUUAAAGUAUUAUUAAUUAUAUUUUAGUUAGUUUUAAUUUUUAGCUCAAAAGUAGAAACGAAACAGGUAGUUUUAAAGAAAAGAUUACUUUAAAGUGCAUUGCGAAGUAUGUAUGUUUAUUAUUUGUACAUUAGACUGCAUUACCAAAAAAAAAAAGUUACGGUUUUCCGCCGGGGUUACAAAACCUAUUAUAUUUGAAGAAGUCCACCAAAAUAUAUCGGAAAAAUAUUCGAAUUUACGUGAGCUGGACUGAUUUGAAAAAU